CUGGAAACCAGAAGGUGGUUAAAACUGAAGCUGACUGAAGGAUCAACAACAGGAUUUUGAUCUUUAGGCAGUAAAUACACAGAGAGAAACGGUGAGUGGUGGAUCAGGACCAGAGGAAAACAGAGAUCAGAGACAGAAGACCAUCUGCCAUGAGAGAGGAGGACAGUUGUGGAGAUUUCCCCAAAGGUGGAGUGAUUCCCCGGGAAGAGGACGAGGAGCACCGCAAUAAUAAAUGUCCUGUUGUUGUGACCCGAAAACGGCUGACGAGCCCUAAGAAGGAGCUCAGCACUGAUCUGCUUGCUGAAGAUAAAACCAUCGCACCAUCCAUCCCUAAACGUCCCAAAAAGAAUUUGCCAUCUCCUUCUUCAUCCUCAUCCUCAACCUCACUGGUGCCGUUGGUGAGCUCGGUGUCUCCACUUCCUGCUCAGCAGUUUGAGGAUCUUCAUUCUCAGAGAGUCAUCGCUAAUGUGAGGGAACGUCAGCGCACACAGUCUCUGAAUGACGCCUUCGCCUCGCUCAGGAAAAUCAUUCCCACACUGCCGUCCGACAAACUGAGCAAAAUUCAGAUUCUCAAACUCGCCUCACGCUACAUCGACUUCCUCUACCAGGUGCUGCAGAGCGACGACGGACAGAUGGACACCAAGAUGGCGAGCUGUAACUAUCUGGCACAUGAGAGACUGAGCUAUGCCUUCUCCGUGUGGAGGAUGGAGGGAGCCUGGUCCAUGUCAGCCACUCACUAACUCCAACACCUCCUCUGAUCAUAUUAACUCUGUGCAACCAGAGACACUCAGCUGGGUUUCAUAGUUUUAAUUAAUGCUACACAUGUUAAGCUCACCCUUUUACCAUGACCACACCCCUCAUCCUGACCAUGCCCCUUCACACUAUUGACACAAGUCAGGUGUCCAAAAGUCUUUCUUCAUCUAAUUUUCAUAAUUCAGUGUUCUUCUGACUCUCUGGCCCACUUCCUGGUUCUGCUCUCCGACCAAUCACAAAUGAGGUUAUUGUGAAUGUGUUUAUUAUGAGCUCAUUAGCGAUGCCACCGCUAAUCUGAAGGCUGUCCUUCUUAGAAACAUCAGCACUCCUGACCUUUGACCCUGAAUCUGAUUCUCUCUCUGAAACAAGGUGCAUUGUGGGUAUUCUGUAGAUUACAUCACAGGGACAACAACCACUGUGAAGACACAACAACAAAACUCACACAGCACUACAGAAUUCCAUGUGUUUAUCCCUCCGUGAUCUGAGAGAGGAUGAGAGGAAUGUGUUUCUCCACAGCAGUGUCUCUGGGAUUCAGUUUUCCUCCUGAUGUGUGUGGAUUUCAGCUCAGAUUCGACACAGAGAACUCACACCUCCUCAAUGUUUACACACUCCGCCUGCGUCACACUGUUCACAUACACAACUGAUAACUCACUAAUUAGCUGCUUAACGAGCAGGUUUACUCACUCGUCGACUCCAUCAGUGUCGUGCAGAAAUUAAUCAAAUGUCACAAUUUUACAAUUUUUAAAGAUUUAUUUUUUCCCUCUGAUUUUCCUGAAAAAUCACCUUCAACCAGCAGUUUGAAGAGGAAGUGUUUCACACUGCUUAAAGUGAACACUCAGAACACUACGCACACCCCUGAACACCCUGAACACCAUGAACACUCAACACCCUGAACACCUCUAAACACCAUGAACACUCUAAAUGGUGGUGCAGUGAUUAGCACUGUCGGCUUCCAGCAAGAAGGUUCUGAGUUCAAUCCCAGUGGCUGACGAGAGCCUUUCUGUGUGGAGUUCGUGUAACAGAGUUUAGCUGUUGAUUCCACUUGACACAGUGACAAGCAAUCAGAUUUGCUGUUACAUACAAUAUGCAUCAUGGACACUCACUGGUUGCCAUGGCUCCCCUCAGCACAUAAAUACUAGCUGUGACGUCACCUCAGUACCAGUACGUGAGGAUUGAGCCCAUGCUGUGCCGAGAGACUGCUGUAUGGACGUGACCAACCAGUGGGUUUCCUUGCUGUCCUACAGGCAAUAAAAGUGCAUUCAAACACUGAGAAAGUGUCGGCCUUUGCCACAGAAACACAACACAACUCAGACAGCGGUUACAUUUGCAUGUUCUCCCCGUGUCCGCGUGGGUUUCCUCCGGGUGCUCAGGUUUCCCCCACAGUCCAAAGACAUGCAGGUUAGGUUAAUGGUUAAUAUCUGGGCUGCGUUCCCUGGUCAGAUAACGAGUAGUACCGUAUGGCGGCUGCCUGUGACGCCUUUGCAUGCCUUCGACUCGGCCAUGUUGAACUGCAUCCUUCACAGUUCAGCUAUCCAGCUGCAAGAAAGGAUGAUUAGCCGCUCUAAAUAAAUAAACACCCUGAACACUCCAAACACCCUGAACACUCCAAACACCCUGAACACUCCAAACUCUCUGAACACCCUGAACACUACAAACUCUCUGAACACCCUGACCACUCAAAACACUCUGAACACCCUGACCACUCCAAACACCCUGAUCACCCUGAACACUCCAAACACUCUGAACGCCCUGAACACUCCAAACACCCUGAGCACUCCAAACACCCUGAACACCCUGAACACUCCAAACACUCUGAACGCCCUAAACACUCCAAACACCCUGAGCACUCCAAACACCCUGAACACCCUGACCACUCCAAACACCCUGAACACCCUGAGCACUCCAAACACUCUGAACGCCCUGAACACUCCAAACACCCUGAACACUCCAAACACUCUGAACACCCUGAGCACUCCAAACACUCUGAACGCCCUGAACACUCCAAACACCCUGAACACUCCAAACACUCUGAACACCCUGAGCACUCCAAACACUCUGAACGCCCUGAACACUCCAAACACCCUGAACACUCCAAACACUCUGAACACCCUGAGCACUCCGAACACCCUGAACACCCUGAGCACUCCAAACACUCUGAACGCCCUGAACACUCCAAACACCCUGAACACUCCAAACACUCUGAACACCCUGAGCACUCCAAACACUCUGAACGCCCUGAACACUCCAAACACCCUGAACACUCCAAACACUCUGAACACCCUGAGCACUCCAAACACUCUGAACGCCCUGAACACUCCAAACACCCUGAACACUCCAAACACUCUGAACACCCUGAGCACUCCAAACACCCUGAACACCCUGAGCACUCCAAACACCCUGAACGCCCUGAACACUCCAAACACCCUGAACACUCCAAACACUCUGAACACCCUGAGCACUCCAAACACUCUGAACGCCAUGAACACUCCAAACACCCUGAACACUCCAAACACUCUGAACACCCUGAGCACUCCAAACACUCUGAACGCCCUGAACACUCCAAACACCCUGAACACUCCAAACACUCUGAACACCCUGAGCACUCCAAACACCCUGAACACCCUGAGCACUCCAAACACUCUGAACGCCCUGAACACUCCAAACACCCUGAGCACUCCAAACACUCUGAACACCCUGAGCACUCCAAACACUCUGAACACCCUGAACACUCCAAACACUCUGAACACCCUGAACACUCCAAACUCUCUGAACACCCUGAACACUCCAAACACUCUGAACACCCUGAACACUCCAAACAGUCUGACCACUACAAACUCUCUGAACACCCUGAACACUGACUUGUUCAUCAGGAAUCUAAAUAUAAAUCUGCAUCUUCAUUUCUCUGAAGCUGCACCCUGAC